CCCCAGAACCGACAGUUACUUCCCUUGGUGUCCGAUGUCGUUGACAACACAGUGUUUUUACCCCUCCCCCCUGGGAACACCUACUCACUUUUGGCUUUAGCUGUUGAUCACGUGGGUAACAGACAACUGAUGGAGUGGAAUCGCGCAAUCGCAGUGGACUUCUCAUUGCCAACACCAUCGUGUGAACGGCUAAAUAACUGCUCCGGCCGUGGAAACUGUACUGAUUUGAAUUUCUGUGUUUGUAAAAGUGGAUCUUAUGGCUUUAAUUGCUCACUUGAUUUUCCUCUACGAUUUGAGCCCCCGAUAAUCAAUGCCAUGUACAGUGACACAAUUGAGGACGUGCCCGCUCAGUUAUAUCUCUCCGCUUUUGUUCCGGAUUUUGAGAAUAACAGCUACACUAAAAAUUUCACCCUGAAACUCAUAAUCCAUGAAAUUUCCGAAGGAAUGGCUUUUAGUAAAGGAAACAGGAGCGGCGAUCGUAUUGUGUUAGAGCCUUCAGAUUUUGGCGAUAUAUGGAUGAUACCCCAGAAAGAUUUCUCAGGACUCGCGAGGUUUAACAUUACGGCAAUAGUCUCCACCCCAAUAGAAACUAAAGCGGUCUCUAGACAUAUUGAAAUAAACAUCACAGCCGUUGCAGAUGUUCCAUUUCUUAAUGUCAGUGUGCCGUGUCACCAUUGGAACAGCAGUGAAAAGCUUAUUCCAGUGUUCCUAGAAGCCCAUCUGAAUGACCAAGAUGGAUCAGAAAAUCUAGCAAUCGUCUUUUCGGGUUUACCAACGGGCUAUCGAUUGGUUCACGUGAAUGGCACGAGCUUGGUGAACAGAAGUAAUACAAGAGCCCCCCAAGACGCGCCCCGUCUGUUUAUUUCAAUAAACGAGACUUUAAAACCAUUCGUGCUAAGAGUAAUUGCCACGGCAGCGGAAAGAUUCAAUGGAGACCAAGCAAACCAAACAGCUGAUGUUAAUGUUACAUUCUGUGUGACUUGUGAGGCAGUGAACAACUGUUCCAAGCAUGGAAGUUGUAUAGAAGUAAAUACCUGUGAUUGUGAUAGUGGAUUCAAAGGAUCUCUUGAUUGCUCAACAGUUUCCUGUGAAGAAGUAAAUAGUUGCACCGGAAGAGGAAACUGUACCGGCCCUAAUUUUUGUACCUGUGAAGAUGGAUACAAAAGUGUCGGGUGCUCACAAGCAACCUGUGAACUUCGAGAUCACUGUUCUUAUCGUGGUGACUGUAUAGGACCUAAUGUUUGUUCAUGCUACGUCGGUUCCCAAGGAUUGAACUGCUCUGGAGUGAACUGUAAAUUAGUGAACAACUGUUCAAAUCAUGGCACCUGCACCGGACCCAACCAAUGCACGUGUGAAGAGACCCACCAGUCACCUGAUUGUUCAAUAGGUGAGAAAAUGGAUCCGAGAAAAAUAAGUAUGCCCUGCUUCGCGUUGACUCCAGGAAACAUUUAUUGUUGUCAUUACCAUCAUUUUUUUCGUUAUUUUCGUUGUAUUUUUGUCAAUGGAGUGAAGGUUAAAAAUAUUGUUAUCUUGAAAGUUGUCUUUACAUUAUUUUUAUCGUCUUGGCUAUUGUUAUUAUUAUAUAUUUCACAUUUUCACGCUAAAUUUUCGUCUUUUUUAUCGUCCUUAUAAUCAUUACCAUCGUUAUUACAGAAUUUUUGUGGUGAGAUGUCAUC